ACUAGAGAGAGAGAGAGAGAGAGAGAGAGAGAGGUGGUCGUUCUGAUUGUGGUAUCCCGGUGGGCGCUUCGUUUUGUCAGCGCUGGUGACUUCCAUUGACAACGAAAGAGAAUUGAGGUUGUUGGCGAGGUAUUGUGGUAUUCUCGAACAGAGGAGGUUAGUAAAUGAUGACAUAACAUGUGUCUACAUCUUGGCUUCUGGUGAGGGACGGCUUGGCAAGAGGCAGUCCAAUGUCUGCAGUGUUGUCGAUGUUGAGGCCGUCCUCCCAUCCAUCAACUUCCUAGACUCCGGUCAUUGUGAGGCGGUAUACUGCUGGCUGGGCGCGGGGGAUUGACUGUCUGGGUAGAGGAAAUCUGUGAGAUUGAGUUGGAGAGAAUAUUCAACUGGUUGCCUUGAGGAAAUGUGGGUGCGGAGGUUGGCAAAGAGGAAAAGAGUGAAAGCUAUAGGAAAGGAAAGACUGGUGAUACCUGGAGGAGAAGAGGGGCAAGUGAAGGAAAACAACAGGAAACCUGAGAAGUUGCUGUUUAUGUAUGCAGAGUGCUAUCUUUAAGGGGGAGGUUGUACACGUAUCAAGAAGGAGAGAAAGAGUAGUAGUAGACACAGGGGAAAGCAGAGAGAGGAGAGAGAACGUAGGGAGAAAGAAGGUAGGAAAGACUGGUGAUACCUGGAGGAGAAGAGGGGCAAGUGAAGGAAAACAACAGGAAACCUGAGAAGUUGCUGUUUAUGUAUGCAGGGUGCUAUCUGUAAGGGGGAGGUUGUACACGUAUCAAGAAGGAGAGAAAGAGUAGUAGUAGACACAGGGGAAAGCAGAGAGAGGAGAGAGAACGUAGGGAGAAAGAAGGUAGGGAGAGAGAAGGGAAAACUGUGCACAUGCACAGCAUUCUUUGUCCCAGAGGUUCUUGCCCAGGGGCAAUUGUGAGAGAUUUUAGGUUGCAGAAAGGGGGCAGGUUUCAGUGUAUAAUUCGGGUUAAGCAGUGGGAUGCUGAGCUGAGAGGUUAAUGAUUGGCUGGAAAAGGGAGCUGGGCUGAGGCUGACGUGCACAGGAGGAACAGCAGGAGAGACAUAAGGAAGCAUGCUGAAGAACAAUGGACCAAAUCUUCAUUCGGUCGCCUUAGUUGUUGCUGGAUUCUUCGUUUUGACAACGUUGUCAUUAUCGGCUUUCUUGAUUGUGGAGCAUUUGUCUGCCUUCAAAAAACCAGAGGAGCAGACAUGGAUCAUCGGGGUUAUCAUCAUGGUGCCAAUAUAUGCUGUUGACUCUUUUAUUUCCUUGUGGAAGCCAAAUUUGUCUAUGGUUUGUGAGAUUCUUCGAAACUGUUAUGAGGCAUAUGCCAUUUACUCAUUUGGGUGCUACCUCGUUGCUUGCCUAGGUGGGGAAAGCAGGGUGAUUGAGAAACUGGAAGCACAAGCAGUGGAUUUCUUUGACGAUCCAAGCACUCCGCUUCUUGGUGAAGGUGACAAGGAGCUAGGUUAUGCAGCAACUGUGCAUGAGGAUGAACAACCCUUACUGUCUGCAGCACGUGGAUGUGUUACAGCAUUCUUUGCAAAACAUUCCACUGCGGCAAGUAGGCAAGGCGAGGUCAGGCAUCCGAUUGGCUUGGCCUUCUGCCUUGACCCGUGGAUUGUGGGAGAUCGCUUUUACCGUAUAGUGAAGGUUGGCAUUGUGCAAUAUGAUGUAGCGUUGAGUGCCAUGCGGUCCGGGUUUAGGGAUUUUGCGCGCGAAGUCGUCACCCACAUUGGGGGCGAAGUCAAACAGUUGAGGGACAAUGUAGGGAAGUUUUGUGAGGGCGCCAUUCAGGGUGCCAAAGCUGCAGCCGCUGUAGAAGGAGAGGGCAGACCCCGUAAGGACCUAGUGAAACUUAAGUUCCCAGACGCGUACGGGGGAAAGAAGGACGAGAACUUUGACAACUGGGAGGCCAGUGUCAAUAGUUACAUUUAUUUACAGCAUAUCCUGAUGGAGGAGCAAGUCCUCGUGGCCUUCCAGGCCCUGAAGGACGAAGCGGCUAGCUUCGCUAGGAAGGACGAGAACUUUGACAACUGGGAGGCCAGUGUCAAUAGUUACAUUUAUUUACAGCAUAUUCUGAUAGAGGAGCAAGUCUUCGUGGCCUUCCAGGCCCUGAAGGAUGAAGCGGUUAGCUUCGCCAGGUCUCUCGCGCGUACAGCCGGUUGUGAAAACAACCUGGUUGCAUAUUCCAAAGUCGCUCCUCUUUCCCAAUUCCUCAAGCGCCUCAAGGAGCGGUUCGCUGACCCAACGCGAGGCAUUAGAGCCUCUGAUAAGCUUCAAACGAUCCACUCCCGACAGUGGAGGAGUGCCAAGGCACUCAAGGGUACCAUGGACGACUUGGUAGCCGUCCCGGAUCACGGGGUCACUGAGCCCCAGUUGGUCCAGUUGUUUUAUCGUGCCAUUCCAGAGGCCCUACAUGGGCAUUUCUUUGACAAAUCUCAGCAGGUCGGCAUGACUUACGAUGCAUUGAGUAGAGAAGUCGUCCUGUAUGAGUCGAAGUCUAUGCCAGUUACCACUUUCUGGCACAAGGACCUGGAGAAGAGAAAAAAGUGGAAAGAUCGUACCAUCUCGGGCCAAGUCAAGGCCAAGGAUCACUUGAUCCUGACAUUAGAGGAGGGUGGUGCAGAAGAGGUCCCAUAUGAUCAGAUUGAGUGGGGCCUAGGGGAGGAGUACAGUAGUGUAGGGCAGGGGAGGUCUUACGCUGCUGUCGCGGUUGGAGUGAGGCCGCAAGGUAGAGGAGGAGGCCAGGGCCAAAGGGGCCAGGCCAUGGGAGGCCGAGGACCGGGCGUGCAGGGGGUUGGCGACCAAGGAAACCGCCAAGCGGGAGGUAGGGGUCAAGGUCCCCCGUCAAAUCGCCAAGGUUCAUUCCGGUCCCCACAGUAAGGAGGUGGAAGGGCACCUCAAGGUGGAUGGCACCCAGGCUUGCCGCAGGGCAGGCCCUGGGAAGAUUUGGGCUUGGACCAGCGUAUAUGGCAACAACGCGUGGACCAGGGUCAGUGCGUAUUUUGUGGUGACCCGGGGCACGUAAUCAAAUUUUGUCCCAAGU